CUGCCUGAAUCAAAAAAACAGAAAUACUAAUUUAACUAAAUUAACUAUACAUUGUUCCAAUGUUUGUAGUAAUCUGAUCUAGAAUUGUGUAAGUUAUAAAGUCGCUCGUUGCCCCAAUGAUAUAUGUUUUCCAACAUGUUGGCAGUGGUCGGUUCAGCAAUUGCGAAGUUAUGCAAAUUGGCAAGAAUUCACGGUCAGAAAUGCGUGGCGUCUCCACAGGAAUUUAGUAUAACAAUUACGCACGUAAUACGUAACUCACUAAAUAUAAUAUAGAACGUGCGCGAAGCGGCUGUCGUAGCAGAGGAAAAUUUUCAAUACGUGUUUAAUAGAUGCUUUUUCAUUCGGUAAUUUUCCUCUACGAGACAAACAGUAUGCAAAUAUUAUGCGAAAAUGAGCUGGUCAAUGUUUUUUAACACUAAACACGAGGAUUUGUUCAAUAAAGGAAUUAUAAAAUUGCCAUGAAGUUUGAAUGCUAGCAGUAACGUUGCUUCUGCGUUUGAUUAUUCUUCAGUUUCUUAUUGCAGUUUAAUUUUGUUUUCUGGUAAAAAGUAUUGCAGUAGCAAAGGAGUAGUCGAAUUAUCUCUACUCGUGCCACUUUUACUGGCCCAAUUACUAGUUUUACGUAAGAGCCGCGAUUCCUCGAUGCAAUUACCAUUAACCCUGUUUCCUACCGAGGAAUUUAAGGGGUGGUUGUAGGUGGGUUGCACGAAACAAAGAAUGGGUGCGUGCGUGAAGCUCUCCCAUUUAACGAGACUUUCGGAACGUCUCGUUCCAUUUAUAAACUAGAGGCGUUACACGUGCGAGAAGAUCAAGUGGACGAACGAUGGUCAGAAUGGUCUCAGUCGUUGCACGAUCUUCGCUGAGUAAGAUUCCCAUCCUAAACAAGGAAACCGCCUUAUUAUUCCUGUGAUCUUCAGUGAUUCCAUUUAAACUGCAUCAACUGUGAUUUUCAAAUCCUACGAUAUUCAUCUGUAAAAGUUCAUAUCACUCAGUGGAUUUAUGUUCAAAAACCGAGUGAACUCGUUUCUUGAAUUUCUCGUUUGCAUUAAUGAACGUCAUAAUAAACGGUCGUGUAUUUACUGAGUCGUUCAAGGCGAAUAGUUGAACACUCGUUUAUCCUGGAAACCAGUUAUCCAUUCAUCAAAUUGCAUUAUCAAGCUUAACAGGUGAUUAAGUGAUUGGUAGAUCGAUCAGAGAUACCUUAAUUGAUUCAUGAAUCGUUGCAGGCUUUCUCGUUUAACUAACGUAGAAUGGAGCUGCUGGUACCGACGGUCUCGGACGUCAUAUUUAAAUACACGUGGCCGAUUCCUAAUUACAAAAGGACUAUCUCUAAGAAAAGUUCCAUCGACAGCCCGUCGUUCGACGUGAACGUAAACGGUCUUCAUAGCACUUGGACUCUGUCCAUCAGAUUCUGGAAGAAUCCUGAUGGCAAGAGAAUGAUAAACCCGGUGGUAUUGUGCCUGAACAUGUUGAACUGCACCGUAGACGAAGCGGAACAAGCCAAGAUACGAUUUCAAUUUGCAGUUUUCAAUGCAGACGUCAAGCACUGGGAGUACUGCCACGUUAGCAGAACAAUACUCGAGUUGAAAUCGUACACAGACAUCAUUUCAUUGGGCUAUAGGGAUUUAUCCAUCGUCGACAGACAUUUAAAACAGAACGGCGAGGUGGUGCUCAUGGUUAAGAUUCAGAUAAUCCAAUACGACAGCGAGAAACACAACUUGUCGCAAGACAUGGCUAGAUUGUUGAAGCAUCCGUACGGCGCUGAUACCAAAUUGAUUUGCGGGGAUUUAACCAGCACAGAGAUUCCUGUUCACAGCAGCGUGCUGGCUGCACGCAGCAACGUCCUUGCAGGCAUGAUUAAAGAGUCUGAGGGUACAGACGGUAAAUCGGAUACCCAGAAAGAGAUCAGUCGUUCAAACAAUUAUCCUUUCUCGCUGGAUUUGUUGGAUCUCAGUAAAGACGUGACGGAGGAAUUGUUGCGAUACAUUUACAGCGAUCACGUUGACAAUUUAGAUAAUUUUGCACCGCAGCUUUUGUCUCUGGCCGAGCGUUUCUCUUUACAAGGAUUAAAGGAACUGUGCGAAAGGAAUCUGAUAGAGACGAUAACUCCGGAGAAUAUAGCGAGUAGGCUUCUGGUCGCCGACGAGUUCGAUUGCUACGCGCUCAAGAGAGCCAGUUUAGCUUACUGCGAGGAGAACAUCACAGUGUUGAAUAAAAGCCUCGCGUGGAAGAUGAUGGAGCAAGUGAAUCCGGAAUUGUUCAAUGAGAUCUGCGAGGCUGGUAUCGGCAGUUCGAGAUCGAGUAACAUGGACGACAGCGAAUUGAAUCCGACUACCUGCACCCAGAAUUGACUAGGUGUAUCCAUGGCACAUACGUACACUUCCAUCGUGCAGUCUGUAACUAAGAACGGAAUUUAUAUAAAACAAAUAAAGAGACACCAUUCCCUUUUUACCUUGUAA